CAUGAUUUUUUUUUUUUUUUUUGGGUGUCUUUUUUCUCUCUAAUCCCUAUGUACCUAGUACAAAAUUUGCCAACCAUACAUGAUAAUCCCAAAAUCUAAGACAAACCCAUUUCAAUUCGGCUCCGAUUCUAUCCAACCCAUCUCACAAGAUUUCCUUUUGACCAAUUCUAUGACCCCCAAUAUUCUAUUUCUGACAGCUUAAAAACUUUCUCUCAUUUUCCUUCACUUUCCCGGGAAAAUAAAAUUUUAUUUUUUCCAACAUCCUAAUUAUGGCCGCAGCUCUUAGAUCCAAACCCUACAAGGAAACGACGUCGUUGACGGUCUCUCAGUUCCGGUACUUCCUACUGAACUACAUGCACGACGGUCGUAUCGGCACGGCAGCUGGUUCUCAGUGUGCGAAUCGUACGAAGUGGGACGACCCUUACAUGAACACCCCUUAUCACUUCACUUCCUUCAAGCCCGUGUCUUUGCGCGGCGAGUUCAUCGAAAAGGGUACCCAAUUCUCCGAUUUCAGUCGGAGAUUCACUCAGCUUGACAAGAAUUGGAGCAAUAGGUGUGGUGCUAAUGCUACUGUGUUGAGCUCUGAUGGGGGGGACCCGAGGGAGGUGUGGUCUGGAGAUGGGAUUGUGAUACGGUCGGGCAAUUCGAGCAUGCAUGUGGUUCGUGGUGGCGGUGGAGGUGGCGGCGGCGGCGGUGCGAGUGGCGGCUCAGGCGGUGGUGGGUUCGGGUCGAAUUCGAAGGAUGAGGCUUGGGGAGGGUCUAAUUUGGGUAAUAGUUUUCCCACGCCAAAGGAGAUUUGUAAGGGGCUUGACAAGUUUGUAAUUGGGCAGGAGAGGGCUAAGAAGGUGAAUUGAAUUUUGUUUACAUUUAGUUUUUAUUUUGUAUGGAUUUUAUGGUUUU